ACGGGUUCCAGCGCAAUGGCGGCGACGCGGCUCUUCUUAAGAAGUUCGUGUGUGAAGUCUCGUUUAACGGGGUUCACUGGCGGAGUGCACGGUAGUUUGAGCUUAACACUGCUCAAACGGUCGCCGGACUGCACAGCCCAGCCGCGGGCGCAGAGGAGACAUGCAGCGCACUUCACAUACCAGCCCGACCCGGUGCCCACUCAGUACGGCCCAACACAGAAGAUGAAUUUGUUCCAGUCUGUGACCAGCGCCUUGGACAACACUCUGUCCAUUGACCCGACCGCAGUCAUCUUUGGGGAGGACGUGGCCUUUGGUGGAGUGUUUCGAUGCACGGUCGGACUCCGAGAUAAAUACGGUAAGGACCGUGUGUUUAACACUCCACUGUGUGAGCAAGGCAUUGUGGGAUUUGGGAUCGGAGCGGCUGCUGCCGGAGCCACCGCUAUUGCAGAGAUUCAGUUUGCCGACUACAUUUUCCCAGCAUUUGAUCAGAUUGUAAACGAAGCGGCGAAGUACCGCUACCGCUCAGGGAACAUGUACGACUGUGGGAAGCUGACCAUCAGAUCUCCAUGGGGCUGCGUGGGUCACGGAUCGCUCUAUCACUCCCAAAGCCCAGAGGCCUUCUUCGCUCACUGUCCUGGAUUAAAGGUUGUAGUGCCGAGGGGUCCAGUCCAGGCCAAGGGUCUCCUAUUGUCCUGCAUCGAAGAUAAAAACCCCUGCAUCUUCUUUGAGCCCAAAAUCCUGUACAGAGCAGCAGUGGAGCAGGUGCCGACAGAAGCCUAUUACAUUCCCUUGUCUCAGGCAGAGGUGCUGCAGGAGGGCAGUGAUCUGACGCUGGUGGCCUGGGGGACUCAGAUUCAUGUGAUGCGGGAGGUUGCAGCCAUGGCUCAGGAAAAGCUGGGUGUCUCCUGUGAGCUCAUCGACCUUCAGACCAUCCUACCCUGGGACAAAGAGACCGUCUGCAAGUCGGUGAUGAAGACGGGUCGUCUGCUCAUCAGUCACGAGGCUCCAGUGACCGGAGGUUUCGCAGCGGAGAUCAGCUCUGCGGUUCAGGAGGAGUGUUUCCUCAACCUGGAGGCUCCCAUCAGCAGGGUUUGUGGAUAUGAUACACCUUUCCCUCACAUCUUUGAGCCUUUCUACAUCCCGGAUAAGUGGAAGUGCUUUGAGGCCGUCAAGAGAAUGAUCAACUACUGAAACACAGGCAGCACAGAUAAAGAACUGGCCUUCUUCAUCUCUGAUCAGACUGGUGACCUCACAGUGAACUCUUACUGUAGAUGAUGUCACUGGUCAGACAUCAUAAACAUCCUUAAUCAUGUUUCUGAACACUAUCGAGUGUGUGUGUGUCACACGUGUACUGCUCUCCUGUCUCCACUGUUACCUGAGUUUCAUCAUCUCCAUCUAGUUUUUUUGUUAUUAAACUAUACUGAUUUUGUCUGUGAGUUGAUAAAUAUACUGUGUGUUCACCAGAAUGUUUGUAAAAUCAGUUUUAAUUCAAUAAAAAAUCUCUGAAUGA